AUGGCGACACAAACGACCACAUUGCCCCGCCCGGGAUCUGGCACCCGAUCAUCUGUUCCGAAAUCACCAGCACCCACAUCAGGUCUCCCCAACCCACCAUUGUCGAAUCGAAAAUCAUCCUCCAUCGCAUCUCUCAAAUCAUUGAAACGACCAUCUUCAUUUGCUAGCCUGAAGGAGGAAUCAGAUAAAACAAACCGACUGUCGACACAAUCCGAGCGUAACGUUGCAGGAUCAUCUAGAAUAUACUCACAACCACCAAAUUCGCCCCUCGCACCCGGUGGAAGCGGAGUUGCCGGAAAUAGGAGGGCAUCGGCACUUGUUCCAGCGUCACCGGUUAUCCCAGCAGCUCGAAAGAGCAGCUUAAACCCGAAGGGACGGUUCCCAUUGAAUGUUGCGAACUUAAAGAAGAAAGAGGACGGGUUAGGCGUUAGUUUGAGCCCAGACGACUCGGUGCCGCCGCCAUCCCCGCCACUCAGCAGGUCCUCCUCGCAGUUAGGUCAUCAUCUAGAAGCUCCGAUGAUGGAGAGCAGCAGUGGAAGUCGGAGCCCGAGCGCCUUGGGAGGUGAAGAAGGCGGGAAAGGAAAUGUUUUGGUGUCAGUCAGGGUUCGGCCAGCUGGAGAGUCAGGAAAGGAAAGCCCAGAGUGGACGGUCGACUCGAGCAAGUCGCUUGUCAGAUAUGGUGGCAAGGAAGGAGGAGAUUAUUAUAUGGAUAAUGUGUUUGCACCGAGGGACAGCAACGUUAGGGUGUAUGAGUCGUGCUGCAAAAGGCUAGUUCGACGAGUUAUGGAAGGUUAUCACGGAACGGUAUUUGCCUACGGUAUGACAGGUACUGGUAAAACAUUUUCUAUGCAGGGAACUUCUGAAAACCCAGGUGUUAUCCCAUUGGCCGUUACAGAUGUCUUUUCUUUUAUUCGGGAAACUCCUCAUCGGGAAUUUUUACUCCGAGUUUCCUACCUCGAAAUCUACAACGAAAAAAUCCACGACCUGCUAUCCCCGGCGUUAAAUAGUGGGAACGGUAUCUUCGGCCAGCAGGUGGAAGAAAUUAAGCUUCGGGAAGAUAGUAAGCGAGGAGUCUACGCUACACCACUCAAGGAAGAAAUUGUCCAGUCACCUACACAGCUUCUCAGGGUUAUUGCAAGAGGGGACUUAGCGCGAAAAACCGGUUCGACACAAUUCAACGCCCGCUCUUCGCGAUCGCACGCCGUCGUGCAGAUUGUGGUAGAAAGUAGAGAGCGUAUCACCGGAGGCGGCGCUCCACUUGAUGGAAAGCAGACCGGUAACGCUAUUGGUGGUGUCCGAGUCUCGACACUCUCCCUUAUCGAUUUGGCUGGUUCGGAGCGAGCGGCAGAGAACAAAGAGCGUCGACAAGAAGGUGCACAUAUCAACAAAUCCUUGUUGACUUUAGGAAAUGUCAUCGCGAGACUUUCCCAAACAAAAGAUGGAAAGGAUAAAGAUCACCUACCCUAUCGAGAUAGUAAACUGACCAGAUUGCUCCAACCUGCCUUGUCCGGGAGCAGUCUGAUUAGUAUAUUAUGUACGAUGUCUUCGAGUACCGACGCCAAUCAAGCAGAAAGUUUGAAUACUCUAAAGUUCGCGGCAAGAGCGAAGAACAACAUUAUCUCACAUGCUAAGAAAGCUGAAGAAGCGCUUGUCACUGAUGCCGGAAGCAAAGUUCUUUUAGAGAGGUAUAGACACGAGAUCGCCGAACUUAGAGGACAAUUAGAAUUACAAGCGAAGGCCCAGAUGGAAACGCAGGAACAAGAAGCACAGCGUCACGAAGAACAGAUGAUCGAGAUACAACUUGCUCGGACUGCCCUCAAGGAGCGGAUCGAUCACCUGAAUCGACUGAUUCUGAGUUCUAAAUCUUCAGGCGUCAACACUACAACUGGAAAUGGCCGCGCUUCGACAUUACUGUCCGCCCGUUCAUCAACAUAUUCGACCGCUCCCGGACCUGGACCACAAGCGGUUCCUCGUACCUUUUCACAAUCAACAUUCGCGUCGAUUGGACCUCCACCAGAAUUCCUACCUUCUGACCCUGGGUCUGACGACUCUGCCGGUGAAUAUGGAGACGGCUCGGCUACUUUGUCUGCACAAGUGAAAGCCCUCCAGGCAGAUAACGCCGACAAGUCUCGAUAUAUCGCUACCCUUGAAAAGCGUCUCCUUCAAGCACGCCGAGCCUCGCAAUCUAGAACAUCGAUUGGCCUCGCAAACUCGCCUAGAUUGUCGGGUACGGGAGAAGAAGGAUCAUUGGCUUCUAUCCUUCGAGAGAAGGAUUCAGAAAUUGCGAAUCUCCGUGCUCAGCUUGAUGAUAAAGAAAGAAUGGUAGCUGCUCUUCGAAGUUCAGCUAGGAAACGAGAGUUGGCAGAUCUCAAGGUCUUGAAGGUUCGAACUAAGAGCAUCGACGACCUCUUAAGCUCGAAGAGGCGAGCUUCUACAAACCCUAUGUCUCCACCUUUGAAGAAUUCUUCCGAUGAUAUCGCUGGGCAAACCGUUCCUGAGGAUGACGAGGAAUUACUCUUGGUCAAACCGCUCAACAUAUCUGUGCGACGUACACCGGUCCCACCGGUCCGCGUCUCGUCGCAAUCCUUAGUGGCAAAGAAAAAAGCGAGCGUCAUGAGCUUACCGGACAUGCCAGAGCCAAUCACUGCGUGA